AGUAUUGUCCGGUUCGGGAAGAUUCUUCCGAUCGGCUUCUUAAAGCGAUCUGGCCGGCUUAGCCCCUUGGAGUAGCCUCCUGCCAUCAGUGCGCCAGGGGCUAUAAGGAGCUGAGCACUCCACCCACCCUCAAAACUGCCAGGGUGGACGGCCACACCUGCACGGCGUGCCCUGGAAAGACACCAGGACAGAGCGGAAGCUCUCAAACCGUGGACUCGGCCAACGCUGACAACUUUCUGAGAGGCUGUACUACAAGCUGGAAAACAUGGGAGCAUCUUUGGGAAAGAAACAGAAAGCAUACAGCCUUGAGCAGUCAAGUGAGGAAAAAGGAAAUCACCUGAAUGGCUCGGCCUCUGCCUAUGGUGCCCUGCAGCAGGACCCACACAGGGAUCUGCCCCCGGUAGCCAGCUAUGCAGCUCAGCCAGAUUACAUGGAAGGGGACGAUGAUCUGAUCAAGCCCAAAAAGCUCCUUAAUCCAGUGAAAGCCUCUAAAAGCCAUCAGGACCUUCACAGAGAGCUGCUUAUGAACCAGAGAAGGGGUGCUGGGGUUGAGAACAAACCUGAGCUCCAGCGGGUGCUGGAGCAAAGGAAACGAGAGCAGCUGAUUAAGCAGAGAAAAGAGGAGGAGGAGGCAAGGAGGAAGAUCUCCCCCCUGGAGCAGGAACUCCUCAAGAGGCACAAGAAACUGGAGGAGCUGGAAAGGGAGCAGGAGAGGCAGGAGGAGGAGACAGGGGGUGCCCCGGAGUUCAUAAGAGUGAAGGAAAACCUAAAGAGGACAUCAGUCCUGAAUGCAGGAGAGAAGGAGGUGUAAAAUCAUCUUGUCUGCCUUGCAAGUACUAUGAACACCAGGGCGGUCACACAAGUGUAUCUGUGUUUGUGUGCAAAUGGAAGGACACAGGAGAAAUAUCGCCAGAGCUAUUCAGAGGACUGAGCUUCCUCCUGCUCUGUGUGAUACAGGAACAUGCCUUUUUCAUCUCAUCAUGAGUGGGCAGAGACACCAGGUCUACAGUUCACUAGGCUAAAGCUUACAUGCAAUCCAGAAGCCCUCCAUCUGUGUUCCCCAAGUUUGGGAAAUAAAUACACAUCCACAUGAGUGAGGAGAUUGUGAAGGAACGACAAUCAAGGCAACCUGAGCCUCAAGAAAGAAACCGCAGUGCAAGGUUUUGAUUCGAUACACCGAAGCAACCGAGAGUGAAGAUAUUUCCACCUACGUGAGCAGGAACUGGAACCCCUGGCUUUGAGAGUGAGAGUAAUUCUCCCAGUGAGGCCUAAAGACAUGUACAAUUUGAAGAAGUGACUGUGAAGGAGAAUGUUCUUGUCAUCUGUCUGUGAAGGAUGAAGUCUUUAUUGUAAUGCUAAACACUUAACGGUCAUGUGAUCAACUACUGUUGGCAGGUUUCCCUGUAGAACAAUAAUGUACUACCACUGAUAUACCUCUAUGCAGUAGACAUAACUUAUCUUCUAUCUGCUGUGGAAUCUCAUCUAUUUGGUCCACUGGGACCAUUGUGAAAUUGAGCCAGAAGUACAAAUAUUGUAAUCAAUAUGUAGACACGACCUACACAAUGACAGAUUCAGGUUUUUUUGGGUUUUUUUUUUUUUUGUGGAUUCCAUACCAGCAAAAUUUUUAAUUUAUGAUGCAAUGAAAGGAAUAAUGAGACCAAUUUAUCAAUCCCAUAUUGUUUUCUCAAUAAUUUUUAGGCUAAGUUUUGCACAUCACUUUCCACUAUAUAACAUUCUAGUAUGUGAUGGAAAUCUGGGAUACUUUUUUUUAUCAGAGGACGAAAAGAUCCUGCUUAUGUUCUUGUAGUCAUUUUAUCCAUAAUCUCAGAUUAUAGAUAUCUCACCAGUCAUUGAAUUAGCUGAUAGUGAUUAUAAGAAUAAAUCCAAAAAAGUGUCCUUCAAACAAUUCCAUCCAUGAUCUAAUUUUAUUCACUUUAAAUCACUUUUAAAUCACUUCAUAUGCUUAAAUCACAGAUUUAGUGCAAAAUGUUGCCCAAGAUGCCUUGUCCUCUGCCCACACUCAUGAUGCAUAAUGACUGUGAUUAUAUAGGCAUUGUGUACAAUCAUCAGAAUCCAAAUUUUGAUAUGCAAUCUCAAAACGAUUGUGAUGUUUAUGAAGUAUAUGUUUUAAAAAAAUAACCUUUUUAAAAUGAAAAUAAAGAUAAAAGGGUGUGUGUGUGCGUGUGUGUGUGUAAAAGAGAGUGAGAGUGAGAUUCACAAAUUCCCAUACAAUAAGCAAGCACAUUUCAAAGAGUAACUGUCAUGUUACCUUUUAAAUCUAUUUUAUAACUGUAGAUAUAUUUAAAUACCAAUGAAAUAAACCCCAAUGCAUUUUUUUUUCUCGAAAUGAAUUGCAUAAAUAAACACUGAAUCAUAUUGACUGCAAACUUAUCACAGCACUUUAGAAACUAUAACAAUUUUUCUGAAAUUACUUUGAAUUACUAGAAUGAAGGUGUGUCAUAUAAAAUGUUAUUUUUCUUUUUCUUUAUUAACAUCCUUUCUUCUGGCAAGACACCAUCAUUUGUUGUUUGUCAAAGCUGUACACAUAUAGCUGAUGAUUGUUUCCUAAUUAGGUUAAAUUAUGUGUUUUGCCUUUGCUAACUCCUAAAGCCACUUAAUUUAAUGUUACCAAAUGUAUCAAUGAACAGGUAACUAACACGUACCCAAAUAUUUGGAUAUAAUGACAUUAUUUAAUUUUUUUAUGUUUUUCAGUUUAUUUUAACAUCAUUCUUAAUGAAAACAUAACAUGUAUAUUCCUGACUUUUUUCCUUUUUAACUUUUACCUUGACAUGAAAUGGUGAUAAAUAAUGUGCAGUAGACUGUACUGUACAUGAUUGUGCUUAAAAUGGUGUUUGGGUUUAAGACUGUAUCAUGUAUUUUCUCAGAAAUAAAAUACUAACAACAAA